CUGCUGAUUUUCCUGGUCUUCCUCUUGGGGGUCUCAGCAGAAGAGCCGCCCCCCGCCGCCUCUGCCCAGGACCCAUGGGGGGAUUUCUGGUUGGUCCGUUUCACUAUAAACGUUGCCGGGUAUGGGACAAUACUGAUACCGGGAUGUCUGCUCAUACACUACUUCAAACGCAAGAACUACCUGGAGACCGGUCGGGGCAUCUGUUUUCCACUGAUAAAGUCCUGUGUGUUUGGCCAUGAGUCAAAAACUUUGGUUCCGGAUGAACCUUCAUCGACCACCCGCAUGGAAGGAGAUCCCAGUACCUCCCAGCAGGCUCUGAAACUUCUCUUUUGUGCAGCCGGACUCCAGGUCUCCUACCUGACAUGGGGUGUCCUGCAGGAGCGCGUAAUGACCCGUACCUACACCAGCACAGAACCCGACAGCCACGGAGAAAAGUUCCGAGACUCUCAGUUCUUAGUGUUCAUGAACCGGAUCUUGGCUCUGACUGUGGCCGGAAUCUAUUGUGGCCUCACCAAACAGCCCCGUCAUGGUGCGCCCAUGUACAAAUACUCCUUUGCCUCUCUGUCCAACAUCCUCAGCAGCUGGUGUCAGUACGAAGCUCUCAAGUUCAUCAGUUUCCCCACCCAAGUCCUCGCUAAAGCCUCCAAGGUCAUUCCCGUCAUGCUGAUGGGAAAGUUGAUCUCGCACAAGAGUUAUGAGUAUUGGGAGUAUUUCACGGCCGUCCUCAUCUCAGCUGGGGUCAGCAUGUUCCUGCUGUCCAACGGGGAAAGUUCUCGUCCUUCUGGGGUCACCACCUUCUCCGGAGUGGUCAUUCUAAGUGGCUACAUUGUGUUUGACAGCUUCACGUCCAACUGGCAGGACUCUCUUUUCAAGUACAAGAUGUCCUCUGUGCAGAUGAUGUUUGGGGUCAACCUCUUCUCCUGCCUCUUCACGGUUUUCUCUUUGCUGGAACAGGGUGCCCUGCAGGAGGCGGUGAGCUUCAUGACCCGGCACCCGGACUUCGCUUUCCACGCCGCCCUCCUCUCCGUCUGUUCAGCUUUCGGACAGCUUUUCAUCUUCUACACCAUCAACAAGUUCGGGGCGGCCAUGUUCACCAUCAUCAUGACUUUGCGCCAGGCGCUGGCGAUUCUCUUGUCCUGCUUGCUCUACGGUCACCCGGUCACACCCAUCGGCUCAGUAGGGGUGGCAGUCGUCUUUCUGGCCUUGUUCCUCCGUGUCUAUGCCCGGAGCCGGAUGAAGAGGAAGGGCAGGAAGGCAGCUGAUAACACGGUGGUGCAGAAGGUGUGAGGCGCCUCUACAUCGCAAAUAUUCCACUCUGCGACUUAUUACUGACCUAUUUAAGAGGUCCUCAUCUCCUGAACUGAUGGGAAGUUUAAAGCUGGCCUCUACGCUGGCUUUAUUUAAUUGGCACAAUGCGGUGGAGAUACCUGAACUUUGUGCCGAGUGUCUACUGCAGACCAAACUUCUCUGCAAGUGCAGAGCAAACGUAAUGUUUGUGGAUCUUUCUGUUUUUUUUAUUUUAAUUUAGAAGCAAUCAGCAUUAUUAAAU